UGGUGCCCUGGAUGUAGCCGGGGCGAUAGCGUUCUUUUCCCCCGCCCCCUCCUCCCCUCCCCUCCUCUCCCCUCCCCGGAGCCCCAGCUCCUGGGAAGGACUGGAUCCUGUCCUGCAAAUCCCACCAUGCCCAAGCGAAGAGUGACCUUCCAGGAUGUGGGAGUCGAAGAGGAUGGAGAGGAUCUCCCCAAAAAGAAGUUGGUGGAUCCUGUGACGGGAGCAGGGGGCCCUGGGAGCCGGUUCAAAGGCAAACAUUCUUUGGACAGUGAUGAAGAAGAUGAUGAUGAGGAUGGUUCUAGCAAGUAUGUCAUCCUAGCCUCGGAAGAUGUGGAAGGUCAGGAGGCGGCCACACUCCCAAGUGAGGGUGGUGUUCGUAUCACACCCUUCAACCUGCAGGAGGAAAUGGAAGAGGGCCACUUUGAUUCUGAUGGCAACUACUUUCUGCACCGUGAUGCUCAGAUUCGGGACAGCUGGCUGGACAACAUUGACUGGGUGAAGAUUCGGGAGCGCCCUCCAGGCAAGCCUCCUGCCUCAGACUCAGAGGAAGACAGCCCUGGCCAGACACCACUGGGCCCUCAAGCCCUCCUAGAGGGUCUCUUGGAGAUGUUGUUGCCAGGGGAGACAGUUGCUGGGGCACUUAGGCGGCUAGGUGCUCGGAAGGGUGGUGAAGGACCCCAGCGACCAAAUUCCCCACAGCGAUUAGACCGGCUUUCAGGAUUGGCUGACCAGAUGGUUGCCCGAGGCAACCAUGGAGUAUACCAGGAGACCAGGGAACGGCUAGCUGUGAGGCUGAAAGCACUAGGGGGCCGCACACCAGGGCUCUCGGACACAGCACCUCGUCCUGUCCUGGACAUGUUUGCUGAAGAGGUUGGGGAGGGGGAGCUGGAGACCCCAACCCCAGCCCAAGGAGGAGAAGCAGCUGCCAUGGGGGAUGGCUUGGCUGAUGUGAUGUGGGAAUAUAAAUGGGAAAACACAAGUGAUGCAGAGCUCUAUGGGCCCUUCACCAGUGCCCAGAUGCAGGCUUGGGCAGAUGAUGGCUAUUUCCCAGAUGGUGUUUAUUGCCGGAAGUUGGAUCCCCCAGAAGGCCAGUUCUACAACUCCAAACGUAUAGAUUUCAGUCUCUAUGUCUGAAUCCCGUUUUUAUUUUUGGGGGGCUGGAGUAGGCAGUACCAGGGCAAGCACUUUCCAGGUUAUGUUUUCAGGAGGAGACCUUGGGCUUAUCCUGGGGCUUGUAUGGACCUUAGCAGGGGUGAGGGGGGUGGAAUGGUAUUGGUCUGGGGAGGGUGGGCAUUUCCUGUCUCAAUAAAAA